AUGACGUCCAAACCCGCGUCUUCGAAGUCCGCGGGGAAGCGCGCGGCGGAAGCGCGCGGGCGCGACGCGGGCGGCGGCGGCGGCGGCGCCUUUGCGAAGUGGCUUCGGGACAACAAAGUUGAGCUCGACGGCGUGGAGGUGGCGCGAUUCGCGCGCACGGGGCGCGGCGUGCGAGCGACGCGUGAUUUGCGCGUCGGUGAAGUCGUCGUGAGCGUUCCGGACGAUGCCGUGCUCACGGUGGAUGCGUGCGCGGUGAAGAAGGAAUUGGGGGAGUUCGUCGGCGACGGGGACGACGAGGCGCCGUCGCCGCGGCUGGAUAAAGAGCUGUUGGUCAUCGCGGUGAUGUGCGAGAUGUGCGCGGGUAAGUCGAGCGCGUGGUGUGAGUAUUUGGAGACCGUGCACGAGGCCGUGCGCGUCGGACACUCCGUGUUGGCGUGGGACGACGAACAGGUGACGGCGCUCUUCGGCACGGACGCGUGGCGAGACGCGUACGAAAACGACGACGAGACGCUCGACCUUCCGAUGAUGACGGAGGAGCAUUUUGAAAACGUUGUUACACUGUUUUUCAAGCUCUUUCCAAAACUGGCGAGCGGACUUUCUGUGGAAGCGCUGCGCGAACUUCAUUUCGCGGCGACGGCGAUGGUGGCGGGGUACUCGUUCACCCUUGGCGACGACGAGAUUCAGGCCAUGGUUCCGUUCUGGGACAUGCUCAAUCACGCGCCACCGUGCGAGGCUUCGGUGCGGCUGCAUCACGAUCAAAAGAAUGGAUGCUUGCAAAUGAUUACCGUGCGUGGAGUGAAGAAGGGCGAGGAAGUGUUCAACACGUACGGGCCGCUGCGAAACGCCGAGCUGUUGCGACGAUACGGCUUCGUUUUGCCGCGGAACCCGCACGGUGGUACCACGGUAGGCUUGGCCGAGGUGAUUCAGGCUGCCAUGGGGGCAAAUCCGCUCGUUGUGGACGAGCUGCCGCUUCGUUUAGCAUGGCUCGAGUCUCGCGGUUUGGCGGACGAGGAGCUCAGCACGAGAUUCUUCGUGCACCGGACUGGACGCCCGAGCGAUAAACUUUUAAUCGCGAUGCGUUUGCUCACGCUUAAGCCGGAAGAGAUGACGGCGCUCAUAGAAGCCGACUUUGAUGACGAAGAGCAGUUGAUGCUUUUAGAAGGAAACGAUGAAGAACGAACAGAGCAGUCAUACAUGGUCGGCGCGUCGUUGCAAUUUUUGGGCAUGUAUGCCAAAUCGCGUUACGCCGAGUCCAUGAAGGCGUCUCGUUUGACGUAUAAAAUGUACGCCAGUGUGUCGCCGCAUGUGCAGAAGCAUGAGAGUAUCUAUCGUGCGUGGGCCGCCGCUGUGGUGCGCAUGGAUGAGCAGCGUGCGUUGACGAAGCUUGGACGAUGGACGUACCACCCCGGACGAUCCGAAGACGCGCUUUUGCACGCGUGGCCGUUUCCCGUGGCAGACGAAGAGGGGAGGUAG